AUAAAAUUUUUUUUCUUCAGUUUUUAGUUGAUAUUUUGCCCAUUGGAUCUGGAUCCAGGAAGCCCAAAUUUUGCGGAUCCAUCGGAUCCGUAUCCUAAGCACUGAAAAAUGGUAUAAAAACAUGCAUAUUUUGAAAAAACUACAAUUUUGUGAUAACUUGCAUAUUUUUUCAAAUGACACAGUAUUUGCAAUUUGCAUGCGGCGUCUUAAUUUCCAAGAAACAAGGCGCACCAAUUUUUUUUUCAGAAACAUCGUGAGCGGAAAGGUAGAACCUCCGUGGACGGAACUACUCUAAAAUUAGCACAGUUUUGCACUGAUGUAGAGAUGGCUGAAGUUGUAAGUGGAGGAUUUGAUUUAAAGGUUGCAAACCUACUCAGUUCAAUUGUACAGGAGUUGGAAGAAGCUGCUAAUGCUAAUCCAGAGGAAGAGGUUGAAGAAGCUGCUAAUGCGAAUUCAAAGGAAGAAGAUCAAGUCAUUUCAUCUGAACCAGCAAAGACAGGAUUUAAUAAAGAAACAAAGCAGAAUACUAGUAAAAAGAGAGGGAAAGGGAAAAGAAAAAAAAUGACUGAUAAGAAAGGAAGAAAGGAAAAUGAGGGUGAAACAAGUUUACACAAAGUUCAAAGUGGAAGAGUGAAGAAAGAAAGACCGAAAAGAGAUUCGUUAAAACCAAAAAAUUGACUAUGAGCAUUUUUCGCCACAGUCGUGUCUCAAAUUGCUUAAUAAAGUAAAGAAUAUAGAAAAGAAUUCGACGCCAACGAGAAAAUUGAAGUGACAUUUUGAGGUGUACCGCAGAUUACAUUUUCUUGCAGUAACUUAGAACUUAAGAUUUUCACAAUCUGAAUUAUUUCAGAAUUGAAUCAAUCCUGCGUAAAGCCCUUCUAGUGGCUUGAUCAGGCAGAAUGGGAGUUCCGGCAUUCUUCCGCUGGCUGACCAGGAAAUAUCCUUCCGUCAUCAUCCAAUGCAUCGAGGAAGGGAAUCCUGAGGUGGAUGGAGUAAAGGCUCCUGUAGACGCCUCUAAGCCUAAUCCUAAUGGAGUGGAGUUUGAUAAUCUCUACCUGGACAUGAACGGUAUUAUUCACCCCUGCACCCAUCCUGAGGAUAAGCCUGCUCCUAAGAAUGAGGAUGAGAUGAUGAUCGCCAUCUUUGAGUGCAUUGAUCGUCUCUUCGCCAUUGUACGUCCCAGGAAGCUUCUGUACAUGGCCAUUGAUGGUGUAGCACCCAGAGCUAAAAUGAACCAGCAGAGGUCCAGAAGGUUCAGGGCAAGUAAAGAGACUGCAGAGAAGAUUGAAACUAUGGAGAGAAUUAGGGAGGAGCUUGAAGCUAAAGGGAUGUACCUACCUCCACAGAAGCAGAAGGAUUCACAUUUCGACAGUAAUUGUAUCACCCCUGGGACACCUUUCAUGGCAAGAUUAUCAGUUUGUUUGAUGUACUAUGUUCACGAUCGGCUUAACAAUGACCCUGCUUGGAAGAAUGUAAAAGUUAUUCUCUCUGAUGCUAAUGUGCCUGGAGAGGGAGAACACAAGAUCAUGGAUUUCAUCAGGAAACAGAGAUCUCAGCCUGAUCAUGAUCCUAAUACACAGCAUGUGCUAUGUGGUGCGGACGCAGAUCUAAUAAUGCUCGGGCUUGCGACUCAUGAACCUAACUUUACAAUUAUCAGGGAGGAAUUCAAGCCGAACAAGCCCCGACCCUGUGAUCUAUGCCGUCAGAUGGGUCAUGAGAUUCACGAGUGUCAGGGUGCUGCUAAACCUCUGGACGGAGAAGAUUAUGUCGGAGAAGAUCAAAAGAUCUACGAAGAGCAGAAGUUUAUAUUUGUCCGUUUAUCAGUUCUCAGAGAAUAUCUCAGGAGAGAUCUUCAGAUGCCGAAUCUGCCGUUUCCCUACGAUUUCGAGCGUGUGAUUGACGAUUGGGUUUUCAUGUGCUUCUUUGUCGGCAAUGACUUCCUUCCUCACCUUCCAAGUUUGGAAAUAAGAGAGGGGGCGAUUGAUCGAUUGGUAAACCUGUACAAGAAAUCUGUGUACAAAACUGGGGGUUUCUUGACGGAUUCUGGAAUGGUGAACCCUGAACGAGUUCAACUUAUUAUGCAGGAUCUGGGGGAAAUGGAAGAUCACAUCUUCAAGGAAAGACAGAGGAGAGAACUGGAUUUCAGGGCCAGGAACAAAGCGAACAAACGAAGGUCUCAGGGGCAUUUAAACAAGGCCCCCGCCUGGGUUCCUCAAGGUCAGUUUGCCCCUAAGCCCCUGAUGGGGGACAGGGAUGAUCAGAGGUUGAAGAAUGUGAGACAGGAGGCCGCUGAAAUGAGGAUUAAGGGGAUGCAGAUAAGUUCUAACAGUGGAGGAGGAAGUAACACCACACACUCCAACCUGAGUAGGAUGGAUAGUGGAACUGCUCUUAAAGGGAUGAUCAGGGAGGAAGGAGGAGAUAGAGGUGUGAAAAGAUCAGCUCCACAAGAUGAGGAGGAGGACGAUGAGCCUCCAGAUGAGGUUCGACUUUGGGAGGAUGGAUUUAAGGAUCGAUAUUAUGAAUCUAAAUUCGAUGUAGGCACCGAAGACAGGGAGUUUAGAUACAGGAUUGCUGCUGAGUAUACUAUUGGUUUAUGCUGGGUCUUGCGAUAUUACUAUCAGGGUUGUAGCAGCUGGAAAUGGUACUUUCCGUAUCAUUACGCACCUUUUGCGUCAGAUUUCGUGAAUAUUGGAGAUAUCGAGAACAAGUUUGAGAAGGGCACCCGACCUUUUAAACCCAUGGAGCAGUUGAUGAGCGUUUUCCCUGCUGCAUCAAGACAACAUGUACCUGAUACCUGGGGUGAACUGAUGAUAGAUCCCAUGGGACCCAUCAUAGACUUCUAUCCCGUAGAUUUUAAAAUAGAUUUGAACGGGAAGAAGUACGCCUGGCAGGGUGUAGCAUUGCUGCCCUUUGUUGAUGAAGAGAGACUGCACAAGGCUCUAGAACCUGUUUACCCACAUCUCACCGCAGAGGAAAUUGCGCGAAAUGUGCGGGGAGAUGAUAGAAUAUUUCUGCGCGAGGGUCAUCCUGGACACAGUGUUCUUGCAAGUAUUUGGAGCGAUGAUCUUGAGCGGGAUCAGGAGGUUCCCAUACCGGCUGGACUUUUCCAGGGUAUGACGGGAAACGUACUAUGGAGCCGAGACUGCGUGGAGCCUCAGGGGACUUUUAAGACCCCGGUUUACGGGUUAAAACCACUGGAAGGAAACAGGGUGAUAUGCGCCAGAUACAGAGAUCCAAAAUAUCCGGAGGAUUUCAUAUUCCCAAGCAGAAGAUUAGAAGGAGCCAAGGAUCCCCCGACAGUCCUGAAACCUGGAGAUUUAACGGAACGUGGAUCCCGGGAGUGGAAACCUAGGAUGGGAUUCACAGAAAGAAGGGAUCAGGCAUCUUUGGGUGGUGCCGGGCAUAGAAUGCUGGGCCAUCAUACUCCUCGAGGUGGGGGUGGAUAUGGAGCCCCACCUGCUCUAGUUGGAGAUUUCGUAUUUCAAGAUGGUGAAAUGUCUGGCCGAGGACGAGGGCGUGGUGCCAGCUACGGGGGACGCGGUGGUGGUUACGAUGGGGGAUAUGGUGGGCGGGGCGGAGGGCAGGAUGGGGGAUACGGUGGGCGUAAUUACGGAGGGUCAUUUGGACGGGGUGGGAACAGAGGCGGAGGUGGAUAUGACAAUCGAGGUCGAGGAGGCGGAGGGGGGUAUCAGGGCGGAGGUCAGGAAGGUGGCGGUAGAUAUCAAUCCCGUGGAGGCAGUGGUGGAGGUGGAUACCAAGGACAUGGAGGAGGCGGAGGAGGUGGAUACCAAGGACAUGGAGGAGGCGGAGGUAGUGGAAAUCAAGGUAGAGGAGGAGGCGGAGGUUAUCAAGGUCGAGGUGGAGAUGGAAGUGGCGGAUACCAGAGCCGAGGUGGAGGUGGCGGCGGAUACUAUACCUCAGGGUACAACAGAUAGUGCCCAGUUUCCACUCAUAAAUUAAUUAUAAUUUUGUAAUCUCCUAUUUACACGAUUUACUUUUUGUGACUAAAAUGUGUAAUGUGUUUCAUUACGGCAAUUUAAUUGUAUUUUUUUAGAAUCAUACAUUUUUCUUUGUAAAAUGGAAUGCUGUUGUUCAUUUGACGAAAAAUGUUUAAACUUUUUUACUGUCCCUGACAAGAAACAGUAAACAAUUUGUUGUUUUUUUUUUAAUAUGAAGAGAUUUUUUCAGAAA